AUAUUGUUGCUCUUUUUUGCAUUUUUGAAUUAUGUCAAUGGUGAAUGCUGUAAACAUUUUAUUAUAACACUAUAGACUAUUAUCAAGCAGGAUUCUAACGCUUCUGUGAUGAAUGCUGCUAUUGGUAUGAUGGUGAUUGGUAUUGCGAAACAUAUUAAUAUUGUUACACUGUUAUUAUAGUUACUAUAUCAAUUUGGAUUGCCAUAUGUUUAAUCUAUUUGGGUCUCUAUUUCUAUGUUAGAUAUAAGACUUAAUAGAGAAUAAUUCUAAUCCAUAAUAGAUCAGCUAAAGCAUAAAGAGAAAAUAUUGUUUAGGAGACUUCAAAAAGAAAGGAAAUACCAAAUUAAACAAUUGAAGUAACAACCAUGGAUGUUCAAAUUUCAAAUGAUUAAUUAUGAACUUUAUUUUUUAUAUUUAAUGUUGUUGCUAUUUAUUUUCAUUGUGCCUUUGAUUAGUUAAACAUGUUUCAGUAACAGAGCUGCUGUAGAUUGUAAAUAUUUGAAAUGUUGCACUCAAGAAGGUUUCUGUGCUGUAUAUGAGAGUGAAUGUUAUUACAGUGCUGAGAAAUGUAUAGAUUUCUAACAUUUUCAUAUUAGAUUCAUGUGAUUAUGCUGAAUGUGAUUAUUGUUGUAUUUACAAUGGAGAUACUGUUGAAUGUGGAACAUAAGAUUAAUGCUUAGCUUGGAUUUUUAUAUUACUAGGUUCUUGGCUAUUAUUAACAUUAAUUGUAAUAUUUGCAGCUAUCAGUCGAAAAAGAAAUAUAGCCACUCGGAUGAUUGUUAUUGCUGAAAAAGCUAAACUUGUUGCUUAAGAUAACUCAAGAAAAUCUAUUGUUUCAUAAAUUAUUGGACCUGAAGAAAUGUAUGGAUAAGAAUUUUAAAUUGAUAAAGAUAACUAUAAUUUGUAAUUAUGA